AUGGAUGUGACAACGGAGGCGUCUACAACGCCUAGUAUCUAUAUUACUGAGGCGCAGCAAAGGCGCCAGUCAGCUGGUGGUCAUCAGUCUCAUCAGCUGCAACAUCACCUUGGUGCGCAGCAUCAACAUCAGAUGGCUAAAUAUCGAAGGGACUCUAUAGCCCACUCCCAGGGUAUUGGUGGAGUGUCGUGGGGGUCCCUAACUGUCGGCUCGUGGCUGAAAGAAGAGGUUAUGAAUCAUGCCCAUAUGAAGGACCCGACCAAUGGCAAUAUUACUCCUAACAAUAUGGUCGCCCUUUCUUCGCCGCCAUCAUCAUCAGGCUCAUACUUGCCUAACUUGGAAAAACAGUAUUGUAAGGAUUACAGCUGUUGUGGACAGCUGUUACCUGGACUACAUGACCUUCUUAGACACUACGAAGAAGCGCAUAUUGCGACUUCGCCAUGGCACCUCUCGAUAGUCGAGGGUUCCGGGAACCCCGUAGGGAAUGUCGCUGCUGCUUCGGGUUUGCAGCAUGGUGCCGCUGCAGGUAGAAAGAAAAUGCCCGGUAUACAGCAGCAGCAUGGCCAGCAACAGGGUCAGCAGCAUCAUUCUGGUAACGGAGUACAGAAUUCUCAGAAUAGUGCCAUGCAUCACUCGGAAAAUAGCCAGCAUUCACAAAACCAUCACCAUAUUCAGCAGCAAUUUCACAGCAACAAUAUUCGUCAUCUACAAUUGCAGCACCAAGUGCAAAUACCGAACCAUCAUCCAGCUAUAACAGCGUCUACUCAGAUGCAACACCAACCUAACCUGCAGUCAGUGCAACAGCUGCUGCAUUUGAGCGGUAACUUAGUAGAUGCAGUUUCUACUAACGAAGUAUUCUUGCAAAAUAACAAGGUCGCCGGCAAUGGCACAGUCACAAUGACAUCCACAGUAGGCGGCGACUUGUCCGCCCAAAAUGGCGCUAAGCUUGACAUGAAUUCGGCUGGGAAACGCACUGCCGUUAUUCAACCAAGGGGUAAUCGUAAACAGCAGCCUUCUCAGCAAGUGAAUUUCAGCAACUAUUCACUGCAGAUGAAUUCUGCUAAUUCAACGAAUAUGGGUAACUUACAGAAUUCAGGUCAGUCAAGGUUGACUGAGAAGAGACAGGCUAUGGGCUCCGCAGCAGCCGGUAUAGACCUUGAUUUCAUGGACCAGGAUGUCAUCGAUGAGUUUCAUCAGGAUGGCCCUUCAACCUUGAUGGCUAUGCAACAUAUGGGCCUCUUAGUAGACGGUUCUUCAGUAGGUAGGAACGGUACGAUGCAUUCGCAGCCCGGAACUAACCUUGCGUCCAUGAUGAAGAAAAAAAAUGGUCGUACAAUUAAUAAUGGUUCUGCAGGCUCCUCGAAUGUGCUUUCGAACAAAAGAUCUGCAAAUGGUUCCAUAACCCCGGGUGGUCGUCACAACAUGAGCAGUGAUGACGAAGAUGACGAAGAUGAUGACGAAGACCAAGAUGAGGAUGUUGAUGAAAACGAGCCAAAUGGUAUGUCUAGAAAACAACAAGGUUACAUCGACGAUCCUGCUCGGCGACUUUAUAUUAUGGGCCACGAAGAACAUAAGCCAUUUAAAUGUCCAGUCAUAGGAUGUGAUAAAACUUAUAAAAAUCAGAAUGGCCUAAAGUAUCAUAAGACCCACGGCCACCAGAACCAAAAAUUGCAUGAAAAUCCAGACGGAACUUUUAGCAUAAUCGAUCCAGAGUCUAAUGAGCCGUAUCCUGAUGGUAUGGGCUUUGAGAAGGAUAAACCAUAUCGUUGUGAGGUUUGCGGUAAACGUUACAAGAACCUAAACGGAUUAAAGUACCACAGAGGGCACUCCACUCACUGA